AUGAUGCAACCGGAGAGAAGCAUCCAGGGUUUUAGCUCUAAAUAUGGGCAAAAUUCUUUUACAUAUGAUGUUAAGCGAGAUGUGAACAAUGAGGAGACCUUCCAACAGCAACACAGAAGGAAGGCCAUUUCCUCUAGGAACCUGGACGUCGACAUCACCACCUUCAGCCACCGUGUGCAGUGCCGCUGCUCGUGGCAGAAGUUCCUAAGAUGCAUGCUUAUGACCUUUCCCUUCCUAGAAUGGAUGUGUUUGUAUCGAUGCAAGGAGUGGCUCCUUGGAGACUUACUUGCUGGUAUAAGUGUUGGCAUUGUGCAAGUUCCCCAAGUCCUGAUGUAUAGUUUGCUGGCAAGGCAACUGAUUCCUCCUCUCAGUGUCUCUUAUGCAGCCUUCUGUUCUUCAGUAAUUUAUGUAAUUUUUGGAUCAUGCCAUCAAAUGUCCAUUGGUUCCUUCUUCCUUGUGAGUGCUCUGAUGAUCAGUGUCCUGAGGUUGCACCCAUUCAACGGUGGCCGCCUGGUACUGGGAACGUUCACCAAGGAUGAUUUUUCUAGCCCCUUCUUCUCUGAGGCCUAUAACAAAUCCUUGAGCGUGGUGGCAUCCACAACUUUCCUGACAGGAAUUAUUCAGAUUCUUGGCUUCACUGCAUUUGCAAACAAGAUAAACAUAGCCACAGAAAACAGCAGGACGCUCAUUGAUAUGAUCCCUUAUAGCUUCCUGUUUCCUGUAUUGCCAGAUUUGAACAUUCUUCACACAAUUAUUUUAGAAGCCUUUUCUUUAGCUUUGGUGAGUUCUUCUCUGCUCGUAUUUGUGGGCAAGAAGAUUGCCAGUUUCCAUAACUAUCAUGUCAAUUCCAACCAGGAUUUAAUAGCCAUCUGCCUUUGCAAUGUCGUCAGUUCAUUUUUCAGAUCUUGUGUGUUUACUGGUGCUGCUAUCAGGACUAUUAUCCAGGAUAAAUCUGGAGGAAGACAACAAUUUGCGUCUCUGGUAGGCGCGGGUGUAAUGCUGCUCCUGAUUGUGAAGGUGGGACAUUUUUUCUACAAACCGCCGAAUGCUAUGGUGGCUGGUGUCAUCCUGAGCAACAUCCUACCCUAUCUUGAAACCAUUUACAACCUACCCAAUCUCUGGAGACAGAACCAAUAUGACUAUAUUAUUUGGAUGGUGACAUUCAUAUCUGCCAUUUUCCUGGGGCUGGACAUUGGACUGCUCCUUUCAGUAGCUUUUGCCUUCUUCAUCAUCACUCUUCAGUCACACAGAACUAAGAUUCUCCUCCUGGGUCAAAUCCCUAACACCAACAUUUACAGAAGCAUCAGUGACUAUCAGGAGGUUACAAACAUUCCUGGGGUGAAAAUCUUCCAGUGCUGCAACUCCAUUACAUUUGUCAAUGUUUACCACCUAAAGCACAAGCUAUUAAAAGAGAUUGAAAUGGUAAGGGUACCUCUUAAAGAAGAAGAAGUUUUCAGCUUGUUUAAUCGAAAUGAAGCUGGCUUUCAGGAAGAGAAGAUUUGUCAGUGUUUCUGCAGCUGUGAUGAACUGGAGCCACCAGCCAGGAUUGUUCACACAGAGAGAUUUGAAUGCAAACAGGACCACGAUACAUCCCCCAUUAACCUGAUCCACUGCUCACAGUUCGAGAGCGUGAACAUGAGCCAAGCUACGUCAGAUGACCAAGAACCCUACAUAAUAUCUUCCACAUCUCAGAGGAAUUGUGGGCAAAACUGUGAGGAGAAGACUCAGCUUCCUAAGAAUCCCUCCAGAAAAGACUUGAUGGCGCUGCCCGAAGCUUCUGAAAAUCAAGGGGAGAGUAGUUUGCCCGUCCCUCACUCAGAGGUGUCGCUUCCAACCAGCACCCACACCAUCACUGAUUUCUCCAUGGUGCAUUUUGUGGAUUCACAGGCUUCAGUCAUAUUAAGGCAGAUGUGCAAUGCUUUCCAAAAUGCCAACAUUUUGGUGCUCUUUUCAGGAUGUCACUCUUUUGUGGUCAGGGACUUUGAGAGGAAUGACUUGUUUGACGCUGGCAUGACCAAAGCCCAGUUGUUUCUCAUGUCGCUCCAUGACGCUGUGCUGUUUGCCUUGUCAAGGAAGUUUCCAGAGUCCUCUGAGUUAAGCGUGGAUGAAUCGGAGACGGUGAUACAGGAAACCUCUCAGAAACAGACAAGGUUGGAUGAUUCAAGACGUAACAUAAGCAGCAGUCUUCUAAGAAUCCCAAAAAGUGCAAGUCCAGGCUUCUCCACAAUGCGGAGGCCAGUAACAGUAACGGAAGAGGAGUCAGAGCUAGAUAUGGAUCUGGAGUCCAUGCUGGAAUCAGAACAAGAGAUUGGGCUGGAUCUGGACCUAGACUUAGACCACAAGAUAGAACCUGAAUCUGAGCUGGAGCCUGAAGCAGAGGUUGAGACAGGGCCCCAGCCCAAGGCCACAUCCAGGCCAAAGAGUCAGUCUUACUCUCUGCAGCAAUAUUGUCCCGUGUAUCAGUCUAUGCCUCCCAACUCCCCACCUGAGGCUCAACACAGGACACGGUCAGUGGAAGGGAGGCGUCAACCUAUGAAUUUAUAUUCAUCCAAGGGCAAUGAAGUUAAGGAUCCCUAGAUUGCAUAAUGGGUCAGAUUCCCCUGGCAAGUUCCCCCAACCAAAUGGGGUCACUUGGUCGGAGACCUUAGACGAGUUACGAACCAGCAGUACUUGCUGUGGGCCUCCUCCACCUGCCGGCCUUCUUCCUGGCUCAGCAGUGGGAUCUCGCACCCAGAUCACAAUACUAAACACCAAAAAUAGUUUCUGAAUUCCCUCUCCAGGCUCACCUCAUUUCACCUUCAGCAGAUGUUCUAGCAAAGGAUUUCUUCCUUUGCAUACCUCACAGACUCUGGGGUUUUUAUCAGACCACAUCUAACUUACUCUCCCCAUCUCUGUUAGAUGAGGCUCAAAUAAAAUAUAUAAAGUCUAGUUACAU